AAAUGUCUGAUCUAACUAAUUCAAAUCAAAAACACCCUAAACUUUCUUCUCUUGCCCUAAGAAAAAUUAUAUUAACAAUGGUUACUGCCAAACUACGUUGGAGACGAAUUGAAGAAUUUAGAGAAGAAUGCCGAGAAUAUAUAAUUAAAUGGAAUAAAAUAAAUGAAGUAAUUCGCUUACAAAUAUUGGAUGGUAUGGAUGAAGCAAUAUUUGAAUUGAAAAGAUGGACUGAAAAACACACACAAAUAUUCCCUGAAGAAGAAAAUCUUGCCAUACGAAAAGCAGCUUUACGUCAAAAAGCUCAAAGCUUAGAUUGUUCCAAAACUAAUACUACAUCUUUAUAUAAACCACAAAGGACAGCAAUGAGAAUUUUAGAAAAAUCAGAAUAUUUACGGAUAUUUUAUGAUUGCCUAAUUUGGGAGAAGACAAUGAUUAAAAUUAAUGAUUUUGCGACAGCCAAAAAUAUAGUAGAAAGCCAAUGCAAAAAUUGGUCACAAUUAAAAUUUCAAUUUGCCUGUUGUUAUGCUAUGGAAGAAUUAUUGGAGGAUGAAAGAAUUUUUGAUAAGAAUAGAAGGAGGGCAUUUAAAAAGAAAUUAGACAACCAUCCAAUCUACCAUUUCUGGCUUAGAGUUCUUGCUGAUCGUCAGGAAUGGACUAAACUAUACCGAUCUGAUCGAUUAAUUGUUGAUCAAAGAUUAAUGCUUGCUUUUAAAUUUGCAAUUAAUAAUGGAUUUCUUGAAUUGGUUAAAAGAUUAUGGGAUGGAUUGAGUGAGGGACAAAUGGAAGCUGUUGGUAAGCAUAUCAUACUAAUUGUAUUUGGAAUUCUGAUUUAA